GUGUAUGGAUCGCUGAUGGGCCACUUGCUAGCCAACGGCUUAAUUCAGUUCACUAACGACCUGACAAUGUGAAGGUUGUGUCUUUUGCCGUUUUGUUUGCGAAUGUGUAUCGUGAAAUCGUGCAAAUUGCGUGCUAACUUACUGAAGUGAAGACGCACGUUUGUUAAGUUGCGGAAAAUCUAAGAAAUAAAAUUGUUGUUUUGGAUACAAUUGCAAAAUAAAUUUUCUAAAAUAUUAUUAAAAUUGUGUAACAAGUAAAUUAUGCAAAACUUUUGAUUUGUGACAAGUGGAAGAAAAUGUUUGGUUGCAAGUUUAUAAAACUCGUUGUUAACUAAAAUAUAAAUUUAUGAAAAUGUUGCUAUAAAUUUAUUGUGAACAAAAUAAAUCUUUUUAAUUAAAGGUUUGAAGUGUGUUAAAUCUGAAGGUAUGGGAGUAAAAGAUACUUUAAUGUUGAUAAACAAAUAAAAAAAAAUUUUUACCACCAAAAAUAAUUGCCGGCCACAAAAUUUUGCUCGAUAAUUCAGCGAAAAUAGAAUUUACCGCACAAAUUUUCAACCAAUUUUGCUGUCAAACUUAAUUGUCAACAAAAUACACAAAACUACAAUAACAAAAAAGCGAUCAAACUAAAAAUUGCCACAUUUCGUCAUCAGACCAAAAAUUGCCGCAUUGCAGCAGCAGCGUUUGCAUGUAGCUGCUUCGAUUUGCAUGAACAGUAAAAAAUUUUGAUGAAAAUAAUUAAAAUAUUUUAAACUCGAAAAAAAAAGUUCAAGAAAACGUAAUUUAAAGUGUUAUAAAAAAAAGGUUAAGUUUCCUUUUCAAAAUAUUGAAAAAGUGUUAAGUUUUUUUAUAAGUUCUUUUUUUCAAAGUAAAAAAGAUUAAGUAAAAAGUGAAAAAUAUAUUUCUAUUUAAAAAAAAAUAGUGCGAAUUAAAAAAGUGUGUGCAAUAUGUUAAAAAAUAUAUAACUGCAAGUCAGUUCAAGCUAAAAGUAAUUCGUCGAGUACCAGUAAAUAUUCAAUAUCUGAAGCUAUUUGCAACACCUCUAAUAACAGCACCAUAUUCACCAUAGCACAAUGUUGCCUGUUGCCUUGUUGCUGUAUUUGACGCUAUCGCUGGGACUGACCAACGGCGCCGUAUUACCAGUUACUUUCGAAGAUGACUGCAGCCAGGUAGAAUGUGCAACAGAUAGUGGCAGCUGUCCACCAGAUAGCAUAGAACGUGAGCCAGCGCCUGCAUUUGAUGUGCUGUAUGGACCCGAGGAGUUUAUGCCACCGCAUGACUUCUACGAUGAUGUAGAUGAUCUCGGCGAUGCGGUGGAACAGCACUUUGAUGAACUACCAAUGGAACUGAGUGCUGCUACAGAGUUGCCAAUUGCAGCAAAUUCGACUAUAGGUCAGCUGUCGGAUGAUAAAGUCACAAAAGUUUUAGAAGUUGAAAACGCGCCGGAACUUGUGCUGGUGAAGCGCCAGCUACACUUUGACAAUGGUCCUACUGAGGUCAUAGAUGAACAUGAGCGCAUGCUACAAAUGUGUUGUCCCACUAUGACACUUGAAAGUCUACAACGACGUCGAAGACGACGUUCUUCUAGUGUAGAAGAUUGCAAGUGCAAGCCCUGUAAGGCACUACCACAGUGUCCGCGCGGUAAAGUCGCCGUAAGAUUGCACGAAGCUAAAGGUGUACCAGGUGACUGUUGUCCAACUUACACCUGCGCUCCGAAAAGGGAAUGUGGCAAUGCUGAUGUCCAGCCCUACUGGCUUGAUGCGUGCACACGUUGCAGCUGCCAUGGUGAAAACGGACCUGAACUUUGCCACAACGAGUGCCCCAUGAACGAGAUGGGUGAGAUUGAGACACAACGCAGCUGUUACGCGACCGAUUCGAAUGAGCCCAUGUUGCAUGGCAGCGAUUGGUAUGAGAACGAUUGGUGCACCAAAUGUCAUUGUGAAAAUGGUGAGCGAGAAUGUGUGGGAAGUUUAUGUAUGCCAACCACUUGCAGCAAUCCAGUAAAAAUACAUGGACAAUGUUGUCCACAGUGUCCAGUGGGCGUAGAAAAUAUAUUGGUUGUCCAUGAAAACUCAACAGACAAAAGUAUAUCUAGCCAAGUUGAUAAAAAUCUGCAAGGUGAAUCUACAACCACAAAAACUGCGUCUGAAACAUUUGAAAACAGUACAACUACAGCUUCUACGAUAGCUCCUGCGGUAGCCACUUCCACUUUAACUUCCUUAGAGACUUCCUCAGAAUCUUCGACAACGCAGGUGGCUCUCCAAAAUCAGUCAGCGAGUACGGAAGUGCAUACGGAGCAAUCUUCCAGUACAACCACUGACGUAUCUAGCACUGAUGUGUCGACGAGUACUGCUGAGACCACAACCACCACAAGGAGUAUUGAUGAUAUUGCAUCUGAGGUUUACUUCGGCCCCAAGAGCUACACAUCCACUGAGGAGAGUAGUACAUCUACACAUGAGAUUCUAGAGAAAGCAGACGAAAAUACAACGCAGUCUACGUUAGAACCACAGUCUGAUACAACUACAUCCACUUCUUCAUCAACUCCCGAAUCGACAUCAACUGCCGAACCAACAUCAACAACUUUUUCUGUGAACAACAAUAGUGAAACAGUUUCUACUGAAACUUCUACAAUGGAAACGUCAAACAGUACAGAGUAUAGCAAGGAGUUCAGUGCGGUAACAAGUGCUUCCUUGGGCGACAACGCUUCGACUAUGGUUUCUGGUAUUUAUAAUGAUGCUGCAACAUCCACAGAAACUUCACAAGAAAUACCGAUCGCUACUGGUAAGACCGUGUCUACAACGAUCACCAACUUCAAGCCAACUGAAUCAACAACAGAAAUUGAUUCCACUAGCUCCACAACCACAUUUUCAAGCACCACCUCAGCGGAUUCAACUACAACCAUCUCAAGUACACCUUUGGUAUCCGUUGACACAACCUCUACACAACUUUACAGUUCCUCAACCAGCGCACCCCAUUCCACCACCGUAAGUCCACAGGCAUCUACCACUUUCACCACAAAUUCACCAUACUCCAGCACCGCCGCCACGCAAACCGUUUCCACUGUCGUUUAUUGGUAUACAUUCUCAACAUCGGCACCCUCACCGCCCAUACCACAACCCACCGUUUCUCAGCCAAGUGUACGACAGUUCUUCACACGUCCCGAGGUGCGUUACAUUAGCGCAAGUGCAUUUGUCGCUUUCACUGUCAUUUGCGCGCUGGCGGUGUGGAAAUUGUGUAUGCCAUCACGUAGCGAGAGGCUCAAAAAUCAUUAUCGGACGGUGCCAAGCUCGGAAGCGACCAGUUUGAGUCACAUCUCAAGUACGUCGCAUUCGUCUAUGGCAUAAAUGGCGGGCGGACGGGAGGUGAAGUAGGAAAUAAAACGGGAUUAAAUGUAAGAAGUUGCUGCACAUAAUUCUCAGCAGACGGCACAUGUUUUUAGAAACUUACUUACAUACGUUGAUGUAGUUAAAAACUUAGACAAGUUUAUGUUUAAAAUGCUGUAGUGCAGGUGACAUUUCUUUUUAGUUUUGGGGUUAAUCGCUGUUAAAUUAAAGUGAGUUGCAUUCUAAGGAACCCCUAAAGUUUUGAAAAUAUUGGAUAUUUUAGAGAUAAGAAAAUAAAAUUAGGCAAUAGCCAAAUGGUAAAUUUAGCAAAGUCAGGCACCAGAAUUUCGCUGCUUUGUUUAGCAAACUCCCAAACCUGACUGGUUUUUUAUGAAUAUAUGAUAUUAAGUAUAACGAUAAUUUAGCUAAAUAUGUUGUCAUACUAAAGUUUAGAUCUGCUUUAUAUUCAAAACAAAGUGUGAUGUCAAUAUGAAAUUCCUUUCUUAUGGGUUCAUAUUCAAACAAAUCAUAGAUAUUUUGUUUCUACGGUAUGGUUUGUUAAAAAAUAAUGAAAAAUUAAAAUAAGGGUGCUUCUUCCUAGAUUCUUUUGCGUUUAAGACGCACCACAUUCUGUAAGCGCAAUCGUCGACAAUGUCGAUAAAAGUAAUUUAAAUCGUCCAGUCAGACCGUCAAGUGAGCACUGUUUCGAUUGCCCAGAAACCAAAAACAUUGCCAUUCAACGUCAACCAAAAACGGUCCUGGAGAAAAUUUA